CAGAAGGCACCCAAGAGGCAGGCGUCAUCGCCGACUGGUGACGUCCACCUCUUCCAGUGGCGGCGUGCGCAAGCGUCCGAGUGGCGACCGCCGAGCUCAUCUUCGUCCAACGCCAUUCGUCGAAGACGACAGCUGCGUUGCGUUGGUCGGCCAUUGCAUAAUCGUGAAGCAUGCGACAAAGACCCGCCCCGGACCACGAUAGCACGCGCACUUGGUAGAGGGCAGAAAUUGCGCUGAUUUGGAACAGAAGGCGGCAGCACAAGGAAGAAGAAGUAGAAGAAGUGUUCGGUGGCCUCUCGUGGAGCUCGUGGAGCUCGUGGAGUCGCUCGCUCGUGGAGUCUCGUGAGCUUCGACGUGGCGAACUGACUGUCCUGUUCUCUGCGGGGAUUCUCUGGCCUCGGAUUCUCUGGUUCUCUGGCCUUGGUCCUGUCCCGGAGCGUUCCUGGAGCGGUGGCCCUGUCCUAUUCUCUGCGGGGAACUGGUCAACGCCUGCACGGACUGUUUCGGCAGCCAUGCUUUUCGCCCUCGUGGUGGCAGUCGCAGCGGUCUUGCUCCUGCUCAAGCCGGUCACCCACACUGUGGUGAAGAGCACCAGGCUGCUGCUUGGGUAUUGCCGCCACUACCUGAUCGAAAGCACAGCUGACGGUGCGGGAACGGCAAUGGAAGUCAAAAGUCAGAUACGCUUCCCCAGAAGUCUUUAUGACAGCGUGCUGCUCGCCACCUUUCUGGGGCUCCUCGCUCUGGCGUGCGCCCUGUACCAGUGGCGACGGCUUUCCCGCACGCGGGCGCACCGUGCGGGAGCUCUCGUUGCCCCCAGUCACCGAUAAGCCGGCGAACCAGACCCAGGUCAUCCUCAAGACAACGCGCAAGAUACCGACACCGCCUCCACCUUGACCUCUGGCACGGGCUUCCUCGAAGAUGACAAUCUGCUGAGCUCUGAACACACCACGCCGACUCCGGGGCACCUGUCCGCUAACAUAGGCAUGGAGCUCACAAACCUGCUCGCAGCGUGCGGUCAGGUGUCAUUCGUCACGUUUGACCAGCUCUUCAACAGCAUUGUCUCAAGAGAGGAAGACGAGUUCGAGAAAAUUGCCGAGGGCAAGAACUCGGAGGUGUUCCGCGUCCACAGUUACACGGGCGACAGCGUGCUCAAGGUGGUGAAGCUCGGCUCCACGCAAGAGUCGCAACACCGCCUCUUGACCGAAAUAAAGAUAGCCUCGAAACUCACAGAGCUACGAGAUGGGCUAGACUACUUCACGAACGGCUUCGUGGAACUCAAGAGCGUCACUUGCGUGUUCGACUCGUAUCCCGAAGAACUCCUCGAGGCCCGAGAACGAGCAGCCCGAACCCUGCCUGAUGAGCGCCGAGACGGAAAUGAGUCGGUUCGAACACCACGAGCGUACUUGGCCUGGCACAUGUCGUACGGCGGCGUUCCUCUCGACCAGCUCAAGUUGGACAGCACGGUGCAGAUCUGGAGCAUCCUCCACCAGGUGGCGAUGUCCCUGGCCGUGGCCGAAGAGGCACUGCAGUUCGAACACCGGGCACUCUUGCUGCGUCGUGUGCUCGUCAAGUACACGUUGGAGAAGACCACACGCUUCACCAUCCGCGGCCGCGACUAUCUCAUCGAGACGUGGUUUAUGGAGGCGUGCAUCUUGGGAGGAGCCUCGGCUCGUCUCAGCGAUGGUGACACAGCAGUCCUCACGGUGACUGAGGACCACUUGCACGAGCCGAUUGACCGUGCUCUUCCAGACGUCGACUAUAUUAUGAAAAUGAUAGUUAGGAACGACUGGCGCGCAUUCUACCCGCAAACCAAUCUUCUAUGGCUGCAUCACGUGACGAAGAAACUACGCCGGCAAUACAAGCGGGCAUUCGGCCGCUACAUGAACGACUUCGAGAAAGUGUUCUGGACGGACAUCGGCAGCUGGAAGCAGGAGCUGCUGCAGUACUCUUCGCUAGCCGAGUUCGCAAACAACCUCCCCGACGUCCGAGCGCAAAGACGCCAAGGGGGCUUGACGACUACGACGACGCGCUGAUUGCGCGAGGGCAAACACGUCUGCUCGAAAUUCUUUCGGCAAUAUUGCUGCAGCCUGUCGUGUUCCCUUGGUAUGACACUUUCGUAAAGUGCGGGGUGUACCUUUGAUGUCUGCCAAAGACAAGUUUAAAGCAGAGCACUAACUAACAAUUGGCGCUUUGCUGGUGGCUGGACUUUGGAGAAACGAUUGUCAUUUGACUGUCAAAAACAGUACACUCACUCAGCCUUGCACAGCUGUUAAGGCGUACAACCACACCUAACCUUCUUUUGAACGAAGCUGAUGCCCAAUACCAAGCUUAGCGGUAUAAAACUAAUAACUAACUCUAUAACAGUUUUGUUAUGAUAGCGGUAUACUUUUGGUGUUUGUCAAAAGGCCACUCGUGCUUAGAAUGUGAGAGCGCGGCUUGGGUCGCCUUUCAGCGAAGUUCACGCUUUAUCGUAAUGCGGGUCAUACUGCCCCAGCCUGUCUUGCUAUCUUCAUUAUGGAUUUGUAAUGUUCAGCGAACCCUUGACGUUUGUGAGAAGUCUCUCGCCACGACUGUGCGAGAGUAUAUGGACCCUUUUCACGGCGACCCCGCGGACGCCAACAGGUUUGAUCACGUGGUGACACGUCUGUUAGCUGUCUCAGCUGCCUCCCCCACCUCCGCGUUUUCAAUCGGUUGUGCACGACGCACUGAUGCGGAUAAGCAAACCGCUAUUUCAGCAUAUGUCGUAGGCGGUGACUGGGUGGACGACACUCGAAGCUUUGGCCACCGAUUCCGAGAACACGCAAGCGCUUUUGCAAAUUAUUGUGCCUUGUCCGAACGGCGCCAGCAGCGUGUACAUGCCGUGCUUGCGCUUUAACUUAAAUUCCGGCAUUUUACGCGCCAAAACCACCAGUUCAUUACGAGGCAGGCCGCAUUGAGGGAUUGACCACCUUCGGGUUUCUAAAGUGCGCCCAAUGCAAAGCACACGGGCGUUUCUGCGUUUCACCCCAAUGUAGGAAAGGCCAGGAUUCGAUCCCGCGCCUUAGGGCUAAUAAUAGCGCCGCGCCAUAGCCACUAUACGUCACCACGGCAGGUUGUGCUUGUACUAGAAGCGGGGCUGGAAAUGUUUCCCUGUUGGGCGAACUUUCCGCUCAUGAAUUAAAUCAAUGUCCGAGCAUUUUACUAUUCGUUCUUCAUUUGGCUAACACUUUGAAGCAGCGGCUUGUCAUAUUUUCGAUUCGGUAAAAUUCCUGAGUGCGGUCACUAUCUGAUAUGCGACAGAUUUUGUUCUUGCUGCGCAGAAUGCUUGGAACGUAUAUGUUCUUCACUCUGUAAUAGCUCGUAGAAGAGAUCUAUUAUGGCUACUUACUCGCUUACUCUGUGGACCGUUACGAAGCGUUCAGCUUAAGACAAUCGUAUAUUGUCGAUGUAGUAGCCGUAAUCCAUGCUUUGUGGUGUGCUCACCCGUGCUUUUGGGACAAAGGAACGACAGCACAGUAGUGCAAACAAUCACAGGGGCAUUUAUUCCACCUUUUAUAAACCAACAUACAGCCAGCCGAAUAAUCGAUAGCACAUGCCGAUGCACGCACGACAAAUCUAGGAAGUUUGACUCGCCGCGACUGGAUAGCAAGCGAAUAUGCUCGCCCCAUGCUGGACACCAACGCCAGGUCGUUCGCGCGUACGGUCACUUGAACGGUGGCGCGUUUCAACAAUCGUGUUUAUCCACUCCGGUGUAGGCCUCCCGAGACGGUCUCGCAGAAGCAUGGACCCGCGCACGCGCGGAGUAUCCGCGCCGCUUGCCAUGCCGGAGUCAAAAAGGAAGAGCCGCCUCCUUUUUAACGCCACCUAACCCCGCCGUUAGGUGACGUUAGCAGAGCAACACUCAUGCCAUCUCUCGUAUUACCCUGCACGCAUUAUCCUGCAGUAGCCUGCAAUAUCCUGCUCUCGUAUUACCCUACAAUCCGGCUUCGCCGCGUCGCCGCGGCCCCUGUGCGGGAAAACAACAUAUCAAAGGACGCGGGAGAGUGGCGCAUCCCCACAAUUUCAGCGCAUUAUAUCUAGUGUGCGCAUCAUCCUUUAUUCUUGGUACGUUGGCAAUAGAUUGGGCGCAAGUUUGCGUGGGUGUUGCGGUGGAUGUGUGUUGAUAUCAUGCGAACAAUUGACUAUGCCCGGAAGCGGCGUUACUCCCUUUGUCACACUGUAACGAGCGACGCACUCACUCUUGCCUACGUUCCUGGGUUUAAGUGCUUUCUUUGAAGGUUAGCGGGACAACGCUGAUGGGCGUGUGAAUUAUUUUAUCCUCGAGGAAAGCCGUGCAUCGCUAAAGGCAGGCGACACAGUCGGUCCUUAUACAUCAGCGAUCCGUGGAGUUUGUCACGCAGAUUGGUUCCAUUCCUUGAUAUGCCAGUCACUGUUUUUGCAGCCAACUAUUGCCCACGCCUUCCCUCUACAGUACUACAUUUUUCAGCAGGAAUGGGUCGCACAGUGCGUCAGCAAGCACCCCGUCGCGUUUCCGACAGCCGAUCACGCAGUAGCAAAACUGAAGCGGUAAUGGUGUCGGUAUUGCUGCGGCUUUCGCUGAGGCAACGGGAAGGCGCGCUGUCGAAAGAACCAUCUCGUUCCAUAAGAGCACAAGCGAACUGCUUCCCUACCAUCAGGGGUCUGUCUGCAGGCAGCGAGCAUGGCCUUCCAAGGCACCCGGUUCCUCGAUCGGUCAAACGAAGCGCAUCCAGGCUCCCAAUACUCGACGCGACUUUCAUUCGAGUUAAUCUACAAAUACGCUUCUUGUUCUUUUUCUUUUUUUUUUAUUUUCCUAACCGUUCGAAGACUAAUCAAGCGUAUAAGGAGUAGCUUCGCUCUCAUGCACCCUUGUAAUCGUAGAAAUGAAAUUGAAAGAAGGUUAAGAUUUAUUUCGUAUUGUUUUUGUUCUUUGUUCUUUGUUGUCAUUUUUUUCCACUGUUAUAGGUAUUUUCAAAAGAGUGAAGUACUGCAAUAAUGAACUUGACACGCCGAGAAACGGGCAGCCGCAUAUUUCAGUUAUCUCCUGCACGGCAGCGCUUCUCUGCGUUUUCAUCAACUAUGCGUUCAUUUAGCACACCUGGCGCCAUCUUCUCAUAUCCACGUCUGACUUGGCAUCUACAUCGCUUUGCUUUCUGUCACUUCGCCUUUACACUAACCCUCUGUAUUAACCAUUUAGGCAUGUGCGUACGAGCAUUACUUCGUCUGUUGUGCUUAUUUCUUCAUCACCACACGUUCGUAUAGAAAAUUGCUCGUGGUUGCAACGUAGAGAGACGGCACAUAUGAAGCCCAGAUUCCUACCUUGACGGUGUGCCACUGCAUGUUUGUCAUUCGACAAGAGAUUACUUCGUCGUAGGAAAAAUUUUAACUGAAGACAGCCCACCUGCAACUUAGACAUUAGCCGUUAUUCUGAACCGCCCCAAAAAACGGACGGCAUGCAGUGCCUCAACGCCAGGAAUCGGAGGUCCUCUUAUUGCACCGAGCUUCGCCUUUGCCGCGGUCAUAAUUGGCGGAGGACAAAAAACAACACAUUGUCCGUUACGCCAACAAUGCGGUAUGGGAACGUUGUGUAAAAAUAUUUAUUUAUUCCGCUGCACCUGCGUUCAUGCGUUCAUAGGCAAUGAAAUCAGCUUGAUGAGCUUAUUUUCAAUCCACGGCUACACUUGACGUAGAGUUCCUAUGAUUAUUUUCCAUAAACUAAAUUGGUUGCAACAUUUUUCUGCCACUUUUCAGCAAUUUCCCCGCUUACGGAAGCCUUUCUUCCGGCAACAGUAGCGCAUUUAUUAAAGCUGGACGGCGGGUCAUCAGUUUAGGUCAACUGAAUUUUUCCCUCUAGCGGGAAAUCGCCUUACACAUACAGUGCGGGCAAGACUUGACAAAAAUUAGUGUUCCAGUAAAAUUAACUCCAUCGCUAAUUUCUCUUACUUAAAGAAAGCAUUGGUGUAUGAUGGGUUGCCAUCUAUAAAAAAAAAGAAAGUACGAUUUGUAGGCUUCCCUGUGUCAUUUUUGUGGCAAUCAUUGCUGGAACACUAAUUAAGACAUUCCCUCUUAAUUUGAUCCGUACUGUACGCACGGUGCUGCACCGAGCGUUGUCUGGCCGGACCAGUGCUUCUGCGUCCUCAAGACUCCAAUUACGACCAUGUAUGAACUCUGGCACGUGAACUGCAGGGCCUGUGUCAUUUACCGAAUCCCAUUUCCCUGUGGAAAGAGUUGCAUAGGACAAACCGGUAGGAGCAUUAAUGAUAGGCUUAGAGAGCACUGCAAUAAAGUUAGCAAGGUUUCGCCGUUUGGCUUCCUCGCAAUUCAUUGUCACAAAUGCGCAUGCGUUCCGCGAUUCGAAGAUACAGUUAUUAUCAGGAGAAGCAAAUGCGAAUUCACUUGGCUCAACAUUGAAAGUGCUCAUAUUGAAGAGUUUGGCAAAGCUUGUGUCAGCCAUUCUUCCCUGUCACUAUCAAAAAAAGAAGAGCUGGAAUUCCAGAACCUGCGUUAAACAUAAUAGUUGUUGCUUAGUCUCCAAGUGCGCUGUACUGUCAUUUGCUCUGUUAAUCUUGGCAGUAGCCGCAUGCUUCAAAACGAGAAAAUGUGAGGGUAUCAAAGUGGCGUCCAUCCCUGAAUA